AGAGGAUACGAAAAAGUUUUUUCUUAAAAAACGGUUCAAAGAUAAAAAGAAACGGGAAGCCACCGGCGAGUCUGAGGAGUCUCCGGCGACCGAAAAAUCGCCCCUUUCCCGGAUUUCUAGGGUUUGCACGUUUCUUCACUCUUGUCGUUCAUAGCUUUGGAUUUGGCUUUUAGCUACGUUCCCUCUCGUAGUGUAAAGAACAAUUUGGUUUCUUUUCUUUUCUUUUUUUUGUUGGAUGUGUAAAUGCUGAGUAAGCCCCCCUAGAUCACAACGUUUGUUUGUUUGUUUGUUUCUUCUUUGCGUUUUUUAAGAUGACAAGCAAUGGUGAAGGUACAGAGAAGGGUGGUGGUGGUGGUGCUAUGGCUAAUUCUGCUAAUGCAAGUUCCAAAGGUAACAAGAAGUUACUUCUGGUAUACAAGCGGAGAAAGUUUAAAUGUAAAGAAGAUGAGAGGGUUUCUAUGGAUGGUGUUAUCCACACGGAGUCUGAUGCUUCUGUAUUAAAUAAUCAAAGGUUCAGCAUAGGAACAGAUCUUACUGGUGACCUCCCUGAGCUUCCAAAUCCAGUUAAACCAGCAACUGGACCCAUUUAUGAGGAGGCUGUGACAGCCGAAUGCCAGAACGUUCUUUCUCAUGUUCUAGCUUCAAAGCAGUUUGCAUCCCUAAGCAAGUUGCUCUCGGAAAAUCUCCAAGGAGUCAACAUCGAAAACCUUACCUGCAGAACUCUGAUAGACACCAGGAUGCAAGAGGGUGUUUAUGAAGUUUCACCUGUGCUCUUUUCAACCCAUCUCCGAGAAGUCUGGCAAAAAAUACAGGAUGUUGGUAAUGAUAUGGCUGUUCUUGCUAAUAGUCUCUUAGAGCUUUCAGAGACGUCCUGUACCGAACAGAAGUUCUACACUCGGGAAUCGAAGCCUAGUCCUAAUGCAGAGAACAUAAGAGAUAACUGUGUUUAUGACACUUGCAAGCUAUGUGGAGAGAAGGCAGCAGUGACAGAUUGUUUAGCUUGUGAUCAUUGUGAAGAUAUGUACCAUGUCUCAUGUGCACAUCCAGGUGGGAAAGGGAUGUCUAUGGGCAGUUGGUAUUGUAUAAACUGCACAGCUAAUGGAAUCGGAUCACCUCACGAGAAUUGCGUAGUGUGUGUAAGAAUGAAGACGGAUAGCAGACGUGUUGAUAAAAGUACAGACUGUAAAGAAGUUUCAAACGAAUCUGAAGAGAAUUCAAGCAACCAUGAAGGUCACGACGUAGAGAUGAAGAGAGAUACUGAACUCUGUAGAACCUGUGGAACAAAAGUGGUGGAGAAUGGCAGGUUCAUAACAUGUGAUCACCCUUUUUGCCCACACAAGUAUUACCACAUCAGGUGUUUGACUGCAAAGCUAGUUAAACUACAUGGUGGUGCUCGUUGGUAUUGCUCAUCUUGCCUAUGCAGAAACUGUCUAACCGACAAGGAUGAUGAUAAGAUUGUGAUGUGUGAUGGGUGUGAUGAUGCGUAUCACAUAUACUGCAUGAAACCUCCACGUGCAUCGGUUCCAGAUGAAGAAUGGUUUUGCAAAACUUGUAACGCUGCAAGUCAGAAAGUCCGUAAAGUGAGAAAGGCUUAUGAGAAGAAGAUGGGGACGUUGCAGAAACAAAAUGGAGAGAGUGUAGGAGGAGGAGGAGUGGACAUGCUUCUAAACGCAGCUGACACUUCGAUAGAAUAAGAAUAGACUUUACAAUUCACUAAAUGAACGAUUGGAAAUAGAAACAACCAUGAUUAGUCCAUCUUCCUAACUUUGAGGAUUUGUUAA